AUGUGCAUAGCUUUGUUUCUUUGGCAAGCCCACCCACUCUACCCUUUUCUUCUUUUGAAUAACAGAGAUGAAUAUCACAACAGACCUACGAAACCCAUGUCAUGGUGGGAAGGUAGUGAUAUACUGGGAGGAAGAGAUGAGAUAGCAGGAGGGACAUGGUUGGCUUGUUCGAGAGAAGGAAGAAUAGCUUUUCUUACCAAUGUUUUGGAGCUUCGUACCCUCCCCGAGGCUAAAAGUAGGGGAGAUUUGCCUGUCUCAUUUCUUAAGAGUAAAAAGAAUCCGAAAGAAUUUGCAGAGAGCUUAAAAAGAGAGGCUCAUUGUUACAAUGGUUUCAACUUAAUCGUGGCCGAUAUUUCAUCAAAAUCGAUGGUUUACAUCUCCAACAGGCCCAAAGGACAACAUAUUACUAUUCAAGAGGUUUCUCCCGGGCUGCAUGUACUUUCAAACGCGAAGCUAGACUCACCGUGGCAUAAGGCUCUGCGUCUUGAAAUGGGUUUCAAAGAACAACUUGUUAAAUAUGGGGAAGGUGAAAUACCUGUGAAGGAGGUAAUUCAAAAGUUAAUGAAGGACAAAACUAAAGCUGAAGAAAGUCGUCUACAUCAUGUAUGCUCUCUUGAUUGGGAAUUCAAUUUGAGCUCCAUUUUUGUUGAAGUAGAAACACCACUGGGUCUGUUUGGCACUAGGAGUAGUGCUGCGUUAAUUGUACGAUUAAGUGGGGAAGUAAGUUUCUUUGAGGCAUAUCUCGACGACGGCGUGUGGAAGGAGCAUGUUAUUGAUUUCCAUAUUCAAAAGUAGUUGUUGACAAAUGGGCAUAAAUAAAGCAGGCAUCCAUGUUUAAACGUUUUACAUACAGUGUUGUAUGUUGUACAUAGCAAUUAGUCUAUA